AUGAAUGCCAGGAAAUGUGAAUUUAUGGCACAGAACUUAGAAAUCGAGGUAAAGAAAAUUUGCGAAAAGCUGUUAAAUCCGAUUUUAGAUUGUUCCCCGUAUCACUGAACGAGUAAUUCAUUUGAUUUCUGGAGAUGUUGGACCUUUUGAGGCUUCGAUUCCCGCGAAAGUUCCUGUUUGGAUGGCGACCAUGUUGAAACGCAAGCAUCACUGUCAUAUCGUGGUGAUUCUUCAUUUUCAUUUCAAAAAUUUUGUUCGAAAAAGGCUUGAGCUUUAAAUAUAUAUGUUUUUUGUUGUUCAGUGUCCUGAAUGGAUGACGGUAGAUGAGCUGAAGCAAAUUCUUGCCGCUGAAAACGAGAUCAUGCCUCUGACGCAGUUGCCCGACUUUUUCUUCGAACUCUCCCAUAUCCUGGUUCGCGAGGCUCAUGACGAUAUUAAAGAUGUUGAUCAGGUAUAUAUUAAUCCAAAUGUGAAAUUUCCAACGAAAUGGGACCGAAAUUCUCGUUAUAUUCCGCGUCGUUCAGGUCAAAUCGUUGAUCCAAGACAUUUACGACAAACGAGAAGCCAAGUUGCGGACGUCAACCUUGGAGUUUCUAUCCAAGGUGACAUUUUAAUCCAGAAAUGAGUUGAAAUAAUGAGAAAAUUUCAGCAAAGAUCAGUGACCCAUGCGCGGAUGUCCGCCGUGCAGCCGAUCGAGAUCGCGGGCGCCAGGACGACUCUCAAGGCUUGCCGACAACUGUCCCUAGUGAUUCGCAACCACCAGCAGACAACUCAACACUGA